UUAUUACACCACCCAGUCAGCCAUACCUGACAAUUGAUAUCCUCAUUACCAAGAAGCGCGAUACGUUUCCUCGUAUGUCGUGUUAUGUGCUACGUGUAAAGCCAACUCAAGCUACAAGAUGGCUCAACGUGAUGGCGUCAAACAAGUUGGAGAUGAAGACAUGUUUUAUCCAAUUGGAAACACGAGAUCUGUGGAUGUCACCGCUGGAUGUCAGGUUGCCGAGGAGUGUAACACUUUGCUGCUUGGAUGUGGCGACAUCCGGCACGUCCUUCACACCAUGCACGUACUACACGAAGAUGGCACGACAAAGGCAAAGAACCAGGCAAUAAACUUUCACAUCAAUGACAUCGAAGACGGCAUCUUGGCGAGGGAUUUAAUCUUACUCUACCUUGCAAGAACCAUUAAUCCAUCAGAUACUGACGAACUGAAGACUCUAUGGGCAGUUUGGUACGACGCGUUACUGUCAAAGGAAAACCUACAGAAGCUGAAAGAGGUGAUGGAAAAAUUAUCAGAUCUCAAAUCAGGGACGAAUGGUUUCUAUUUUGGAAAUGGAAAGACAGAACAGAAAAUCAAACAAGCUCUCCAGUCAUGGUUGGAAUUUGAAAUUUCAGGCAGACAGACUAUCGAUAAACGAACCAGUUAUCUUACAGCGAUGUACGUUGAUCAGUUUCCCGAAAGAUCAGUGCAGAGAGUUUCCUCUAGGAUUGUCGCCCAAAGCGACCACUUGGAUAACACAGAAUGUUUGAAAAACAGAUACCAACAAGAAGUUCGUGAAUACAUCACAAGUGGCGUUUCGAGGGCUAAUUCAACAGCAAUGGCCUCUGAAAGAAUACUGGAUCUAUUCCAUGGCAACGUAUCAUUUUUCAGACCAAGAUGUGAUAAUUGGAACGUUCAAGACAACUGUUGUCCUUUCAUGUGCUAUGACGUGGAACUACAGCUGGACAGAUACAAUGGUGGAGAUAUCACAAUGUGCUCUCUAUUUCUUGAAAUAUUGAAGAAAUGGGUGAAAAGCUACCAAGCAGCAAUAAAGACCGGAUGUACUAUCAGGUUCUAUCUGUGGCUGGGGGAUGCAAUAGAGGCUUGUGAAGCAGACCUUCCAAACAAUCUCCUAUUUGACUUCAUCGACACAUCGAACAUUGCGGAUCGAGUUGGCCUGAUUCCAUUACUGAUCCGUUGCCAAGAGAGACUCCAACGGCCAAAUGGGUUUCUGAGGACAGAGACCUUUCAUUGGGACAAAGGUGUUUCUUCUUCGCUGGAAUCGUUUCUGCGCCAGUGUUUGGAUAUUCCUCAGUUGAUUUAUCCAACUUUGAUUGGUCUCCAUCUUGCUGAAGAGCUCACGCUUGGUCACGAGAAUAUUCUUGAAGACGGAUCAUUUGUUGGAGUACGAAAGUUCGCCUUACGAUGGAAGGCAGCUGGAGAACAAGAGAUGUUGACAUUGUCAGCAGAUGGAAGAGAUGCCCUGUCGAAAUGUCUUGCCCAACUCGAAAGUAGAAUUGGGGUGAUGUACGUCUCCGAUACACGCAGUAAGAACACCGAUAAAAUAGACAGAAACUCAAAGGAGAGGUUGAUGCACAGACUCAGCAGGAUCACCACACGCGAAGCACCUGCAGAUUUAGACAUUUCUUCAGGAGACACGCUUACUGUAAUCGAGGACGUGGAUCACUACCAGGUGAGGAUUAAAACGGAUUCAGAAUUCCCGGAGGAUGGAAUCUUCACAGCUGACAUGGAGACGGGAGAUCAUUACGUUGUGGUGCUGAAGAACUGCCGUAUUGGGUCUACAGGCUUUAGUAAGACAAUUCGAUUUGCAUGCGGUAUCAACAUCAACUCCUUCAACAUCAUACCAUCCAGAAAGAGCGGAACCAUUGAAGCUCGCUUCAAAAAGGAUCCCAGUUUCACUCAAGGCGACCGACUUUUACCCUGGAAGAAACUUGAUGCAGGCUUCAUUGUGAAUCUUCCAGACUUUCCGCGGUCACAGUUUGGAGAGGACUUAAUUAGAUGUCAUGUUCAACGUAUGUACCUAAAGUCUACUCCCGAGUUGAAGACUGCCACACCAUUGCAACAGUUCCAGACCAUAGUAUUAUACCUGAUGAACACUGAUCCAUUUUCAUUUGGCGUACCAACAACCGUGUCCAUCAGAGUUCCAAGUCAAGCAGAUCCGUCUAUCAGAGUCGACAACAGAUUUUAUCUGGAGGGUCUGAAGAUAUAUGAGAAUAAACCAACACUGUUUUUGACUUUCUUAGAUGUUGACAAAAUGUCGCAGCUCCUAAUGGAAGACAAAAUCAACCAAGAAGAAAUCUCACCCUUCCUUCACCUGCCCUUGGGGGCUAUGGAAUUGGAUCCAGAUUCUGCCAAAUAUUUGGCUCCGGGGUUUUCAAUGCUGAUGCAAAUUCUGGAACUGAACUCUUACCGGAGAGCCCAAGACUACUGCCAGGAACCAGACAAGAGAUGUGUGAUGAGAACAUACUUGAGAGCAAGAUACCCGUACAUGGAUUAUAAGACGUACAGCAUGCAUCUGUCGGGAUAUGUCAGAAAAUUACAUAAAACUGAUUUCCAUUCUUCAAAGUCAGCUCCCCGCCAAGUUCGAGGAUCUAACACCCCGGCCUUCCACCCAUUCUUGUGACAGUUGUGGCAGGACAUCAGCAGAGUGCAAGAAAUGCACAGGAUGUCGCCUUGUGUUCUACUGUGACCGGGUAUGUCAGAGGAAGGCAUGGCCUGUGCACAAACAUAUCUGCAGGCGUACUUGAAGUCAUUAGGACAAAUAUGAAACGGCCUAUAGAGCUAUAGGGAUUAUGUGUGAGUUGCCACACUCAGCAAUAUUCCAGCUAUAUAUUGCGGCGGCCUGUAGAUAAUCGAGCCUGGACCAGACAAUCCAGGGAUCUACGCAAUUGGUAUACGAUGACAUGUGUCAACCCAGUCAGCGAGCCUGACCACCCGAUCCCGUUAGUCGCCUCUUACGACAAACAUGGGUUACUGAAGAUCAAUUCUAACCCUGACCUUCACGGGUUUGGGAUUAUGAGAAACAACAAUAUUCCAUGUCAUCAAACAAAGCAAGUUUUGUUAACUGGCACAUGAUGUUAUCAACAGAAUUCAAGCCACAUGUUCCUUGUAUAAAUUCUGAGUAAUUAGAGAACAAUGCUUGUUAUCUUACCACACACAUAAAUGUCGUUUCCUGA